AUGAAUUCCCAAUCUUUCCCAGUCCAAGAAGCAGCCAGAGAUAACAAACCGCUAAUUGUGCAAGGUCUUCUUGCCGAAAACGGAAAAUUGGCCGUUUCCAAAGACUCAGACGGCAGAACACCUUUACACUGGGCCUGUGCCAUGGGCCAUGAAAAAAUCGUCGAUUUGAUCUUGCCGUAUAUGAAAAACGUGGAUCUUGAUGAUUUGGUUGACGACGGAGGCUGGACGCCCAUUCACAUUCUUUGUGGCGUGGGAAACGACGCUGUGCUUGAUAAGUUGAUGGCUCACGAGCCUCAGCCAGAUAUCAACCUUGCAACGUCUACAGGCGUCACGGGGCUUCACAUUGCUGUCAGUAAAAACCACUACGAGUUGGUAAAGAAGCUUUUGGAAUCGUAUAAGGCGCUGGCCCGUGUACGUGAUUCUAGAGGACAGACGCCUCUUCACAGAGCAGCAGCUGUGGGGAGUGGAGUAGAAGUGAAGCUUUUGGUGGAAGCGAAGGCAAACCUCAAUGCUACCGAGAAGGACGGCUGGACGCCCUUACACCAUGCAAUGGCCGAAGGCCACGGCGACGUGGCGGUGUUAUUGGUGGAGUUGGGUGCUGAUAAGGAUGCUGAGACAGGCAGUGGAGAGAAGCCUGUGGAUGUGGCCAGCGAGGGCGUGAGACGGUACUUUGAGGAGAGAACGAGCUGA